AUGAUAAUAAACACCUAUAAUAAAACAGGAGAAAAUGCUGAACUACUGGCUGAUCUGAACAGUGAGUACCGCGAUCGUCGCAAGGAUGCUGUUAAACGUGUCAUUGCUAACAUGACGGUGGGGAAGGAUGUGAGCUCUUUAUUUCCACAUGUCGUCAAGAAUAUGCAAACGGAGGAUUUGGAGAUGAAAAAACUUGUAUAUCUUUAUUUGAUGAACUAUGCAAAAUCAAAUCCAGACUUGGUUAUCCUAGCUGUCAACACGUUUGUAAAGGAUACGGAUCAUGUUAACCCACUGAUUCGUGCGCUUGCCAUUCGUACUAUGGGCUGUAUCCGUGUCGAUAAAAUUUUGGAUCACUUGUGCGAGCCGCUCAGGAAAUGUUUGGAGGACGACGACCCAUAUGUGCGCAAGACUGCUGCUAUCUGUGUCGCUAAACUAUGGGAUCUAGAUCAGGAGAGAGCUUUGGAGAACGGAUUUGUCACGAUUUUGCAAGGACUCGUCUCGGAUUCAAAUCCCAUGGUCGUCGCGAACGCGGUUACGGCUUUGGCUGAAAUGCAGGAGUCUUCGGAAACUAAGGAUAUAUUUGUAGUAAACGUGGCGAUCAUGAAUAAGAUGCUUGCAGCUUUGAAUGAAUGCACAGAAUGGGGUCAGAUUGCAAUCUUAACAUCGUUAGCAGAGUACAGGCCAUUGGAUUCCAAGGAGGCAGAGAGCAUUUGUGAGCGAGUGAUGCCCCGUCUGCAGCAUGCCAAUGGUUCCGUAGUACUAUCUGCUAUCAAAGUGCUCAUGAUUUUAUUACGUUAUAUCAACAAUGACGAAUUCGUUAAAGGACUUAUCAGGAAGAUGUCUCCACCACUUGUCACUCUACUUUCCUCAGCGCCUGAGGUUCAAUAUGUGUCACUCCGUAACAUCAACUUGAUUCUUCAAAAGCGACCAGAUAUUCUACAGAAUGACGUCCGCGUAUUUUUCUGUAAAUACAACGAUCCACCAUAUGUCAAGAGGGAAAAGCUCGAAAUUAUUAUUAAGCUCUGUAAUGACAAGAAUAUCGAACAAAUCUUGUCUGAGCUCAAGGAGUAUGCAUCGGAGGUCGAUGUUGAUUUUGUCCGGAAAGCAGUGCGCGCUAUUGGAAGAUGCGCUAUCAAGAUUGACGAGGCAUCUGAACGAUGUGUCAAUGUGUUACUGGAUCUCAUUAAUACCAAGGUUAACUACGUCGUCCAAGAAGCUAUCAUUGUGAUUAAGGAUAUCUUCCGCAAAUAUCCUAAGCGCUAUGAGGCUAUCAUUCCAACACUCUGUCAGAAUCUUGACUCGUUAGACGAGCCUGAAGCCAAGGGCUCGUUGAUCUGGAUCAUUGGAGAAUAUGCUGAGCGAAUUGAUAAUGCAGAUGAGUUAAUUGAAAACUUUUUAGAGACAUUCUUGGAAGAAAACUCUAGGGUGCAACUGCAGCUUCUGACUGCGACUGUCAAACUGUUCUUAAAGAAGCCUUCUCAGUCUGAGGAAAUUGUACAUCGAGUCCUCCAGACAGCAACAGAAGAGAUCGACAAUCCAGACACUAGAGACAGGGCAUUUGUAUACUGGAGAUUGCUCUCGACAAACCCUCAGGCCGCAAAGGCGGUAGUUUUGUCAGAGAAGCCUCCUAUCUCUGUGGAAACGAACACAGUUUCUCCCGCACUGAUGGAUGAGUUAAUUAAUAACAUUUCCACACUCGCCUCGGUAUACCACAAGCCCCCAACAGCAUUCAUGGGCAACAAGGCUUAUAGUGCGGACGCUGUGAAGAAGGCAGCAGCAGCGGAGUAA